AUGAUUGGAUCAAAGGACAUUAUAGAUGGUAUUACUAAAGAUUGUCGUAUUUCUUAUACCUUAAUGGUUGCAUCAAAUGAUAUUAUUAUUGCUGUUAAAGCCUAUAUUCAGGAGCAAACUGGAUUUUCUUUUACUUAUCAGAAGCUUUUGUACGAGGGUGCAGUUUUAAGAAAUCCUCAAACUCUUGUUUCUCUAGGAAUAAAGAAAGGAUCUACAUUAAUUCUUCGAUAUGAACCAAUAUCGAGCAACAAGUUUACGAGUUGUAUAUUUAAUAUUAAGAUUGAACGUAAUUACACCGUUGGAGAUCUUAAAACGAGCAGGCGAGCACACGGGGUUAGCUUUGAGUUAUCAGUGAGUGUGACGAUUGCUCCAUCUCUUAAGAAAGGAGUUGGCCGUCAAUUUCUUCAACACAUUGUUUCUUGUCGAUCUCUUCACGCUAAACAGGGGUUGCAUUUGCGAGUUGUGGGUGUGUGUGAUAGCAAAUCUUUGGUGGUUGUAGCUGAUGUUCUUACUUCAGAAUUCGAUGAUUCAUUUCUUCUUGAAGUUUAUCGUGUCAAAUCCAAUGGCUCUUCAUUGCAGACUCUUGCAAUUUCUGGUGAAUGUCAAGUGUUUUCUGGUCCAGAAGUUAUACGAAAAGUAAUUGAUAUUGGACUUCUUGGAAAAUCAACAGGUUUAGCAUUUGUUGAUUGUUCAGUUAGUGCUGAGACUAUUGGAGUGCUAAACCAGGUUGUAGAUUUUGGUUGUUGUGUGGUGCUGGCUAACAAGAAGCCUCUUACUGUGCCAAUGGAGUAUUAUGAUAAGUUGGUGUCACAGCCCCGUCGCCUUAGACACAAGUCAACUGUUGGUGCUGGCCUUCCUGUCAUAGCAUCCUUAAAUCGCAUAAUUUCAUCAGGAGACCCUGUCUACCGUAUUAUUGGGAGUUUGAGUGGUACCCUGGGGUAUGUAAUGAGUGAGAUUGAGGAUGGAAAGCCAUUCAGCCAGGUCGUUAAUGCUGCUAAAAGCCUUGGCUACACUGAACCAGAUCCUCGGUAUGAUCUAGGUGGUAUGGAUGUAGCAAGAAAGGCUCUCAUUCUUGCUCGGCUCCUUGGAAGGCGUUUAAACCUAGAUAAUAUGAAGAUUGAAAGCUUGUAUCCUGAAGAAAUGGGACCAGAUGUGAUGCCUCUGGAAGACUUUCUAGUGAAUGGGCUUCCCUUACUUGAUCAGAAAAUUGAAGAUAGGAUUAAACAAGCUUCUGCAAAUGGGAAUGUUCUGUGUUAUGUUUGCUUGAUUGAUGAUGCCAGAUGUGAAGUUGGCAUCCAAGAAGUUCCAAAAGAUUCCGCAUUGGGAAGAUUAAGAGGAAGUGAUAAUGUGGUGGAGAUAUACAGCCGUUGUUACGAGAAACAACCUUUGGUUAUCCAAGGUGCUGGAGCAGGAAAUGAUACCACAGCAGCUGGUGUCCUAGCUGAUAUCCUUGACAUUCAAGAUUUAUUCCCUUGACUGAGUAUUAUACACUGAGAUACAAACAUUAAAUCCUCAAAGGACGAAAAAUCGACUCUUCUUGUCCCUUUGCUUCCACAGAUUGGAGACUGAAAUCAGGCUAAGAAAGCUCACACAUUUUUUGAAAAAUUUCUCGAUACACGAGAGUUCCUCAUCAGUUUACAGUAGAUUAUUACGCAAUUUCUCUCGUGCAUUACCGUCUCAAAUGGAACAGUUCAAACUGAGUCAUUUGCUUCAGUGCUGGACUAGUU